AUGAUUGCAGCAGCAUUAUUGAGUACUCUAUAGCUUGAUCGCAAUAAAUUUUUAUACUCGUCUGAUAAGUGGAAUAAAAUUAGUUAAUUAGUUGAGGUAGCGAAUAGCUUACCUCAAUUCAUUUUCUGCUUUUUUGAGGGUUUUAGUAAAAUAAAAUGCCAUAUAUUUGUUUUUAAUUAAUUGAUUAAUUAUUUAGCUAGGCUAAGUAGAAAAAAUAAUGAAUAGGGCCAACAGGAACAUCGAUUAAAUUUUUUGGAUUGA